UCUGUUCCAAAUUGCAUUUGCAUGCAUGUGACGAAGGAUAAUACUCUUGAUCUCUACUCUUCUCCGAUUCAUUAUACUGUUUGAGAUUGUUCAUUGAUCGAUGGGGAUUGAUUCAUCAUCUGUUCUCUGGAGAAUGAAGCAUAAGGUGGCGGAGAUGGCCAAGAAUGCGAGGAAAAUUGGGAAGGAUGAUCCAAGAAGAAUCGCGCAUUCUGUUAAAGUGGGAUUAGCUCUUACAGUUAACUCUUUCUUCUAUUAUUACCAUCCCCUCUAUGAUGGGUUUGGACAGUCUGGGAUCUGGGCUCUUUUGACUGUCGUCUUCGUCUUCGAAUUCACUGUUGGUGCAACCUUAUCCAAAGGCUUGAAUAGGAGCUUUGCUACACUCUUAGCUGGUGCUUUGGGCGUCGGAGCUAACUUUUUGGCUGACCUUUCCGGCGAGAAAGCCGAGCCUGUCGUUCUUGGUUUACUUGUCUUCAUACUAGCUGCCAUAUUAACCUUCACAAGAUUCAAUCCUGGAAUCAAGAAGUUUGACUAUGGGGUUGUCAUAUUCAUCCUCACCUUCAGUAUGGUAACCGUCUCCGGCUACCGGACGGAGCAGAUUAUACAUUAUGCUCUGCAACGGUUGUCGACGGUGGCCAUCGGAGCCGUGUCAUGCAUGCUCAUUUCCGUACUUAUAUUCCCUGCAUGGGCCGGAGAAGAUCUUCAGAACCUCAUUGCUGCAAAUAUUGACAAGCUUGGAAGGUCUUUAGAAGGUUUUGGAAAUACAUAUUUUAGGGUUCCUGUUGGUGAAGAAAGUGGCAGUGGCAGUGACGUGGCAUUCCCUCAAGACUAUAAAUCUGCAUUCAAUUCUAAAGCCUCUGAAGAUUCUUUGGCAACUUCAGCUGGGUGGGAAUUUGGUCAUCCAUGGAAGGAAUACUUGAAAGUUGGAAGUCUUGCAAGGGAAUGUGCUUCCCAUCUUCAAGCACUCUGUAGUUACCUAAACAUCAAAGACGAUUAUCAGAAAAAGCAGACAUUAUUAAGCUUCAAGAGCAAAAUUCAAGAGCCAUGCACAAGAAUGUGCUCGGAAUCGAGCCAAGCUUUGAAAGCUAUAUCAUCAGCCAUCAAAACCAUGGCGCAGCCGUCUCCGGCGAUCCAAGACCACCUACAAAACUCCCGAGCAGCCAUUAAUGAUCUCGAGGUCGUGUUUCGGAGCUCGUCAUUGUCGCCGGAGCAGCUCUUCGAGAUCAUACCGUGCGCUGCGGUUACGUCUAUACUGAUCGACAUCGUUAACUGCGUGGAUAAGAUCUCCAAGUCCGUCGACGAGCUCUCGGAAAAAGCUGGUUUUAAGAAACCGAAGGCGAAAACUGGAAUUGUGAAACCCGUGAAUGAAGAUUCCCCGGAAAGUGAAGUGGUGGCUAUUACAAUAGAUGAAGACACGCAUAAAGAUUCCUCGGAAUUUGAUAACUUUCAAGCACCUAGACAGGAACAAAAAUCCCAAGAAUUAAUUACGGGUGAAAAGACAGGAUAA